AACUCGGGUAUAAAUAAGUCUGCUGCCACUGUGAAAUUGCUAACAAAACUUUCACUACAGUUCCGCUUGAACCUUUUUUAUUUUUAUUAUUUUUUUACAUUACUUAUUGUGAUGCCGACUUUUCGAAGAAGACAGCAUCGUACAGAAGAAGAACCCCCGCCUUAUACACCUUACCCGGAGCACGGAAAUGUUGCUUGUGAAGAGAUUCCCUCCUACGAUCAGGUGCAAUCGGGCAGCAGUAGCAGCAGUAGCACAAGGGUUUAUCCUGGUGCAACAGGAGCAGCUACUGCUGUUCGUCCCGAAGAUGUUGCGGUAGAGAUGGAUCCUCGUGUGUACGAACGUCGACAAAAUAACGCUGCAAUGCCGGUUUCCUCGAAUACAAGUAUGAAGGAACGUUCGUACGCCGCAGCAGCUGUCCACUCCAUUAAUGAAAACAAAAAACGGAAUAGAGACAUAAUGAAGGCACCCUUUAAGAAAGACUUUUACCGCAGUCUAGGACAAAAAACGUCCUACAAGACAAAGAAGUUCAAGGACCGGUCGAAGUAUUAUGCGAAAGAAUUUGCGCAUGACCUUGCUGAUGACUUUAAGCAACCCGUUGGCUAUGGUGCCUAUGGGGGCUAUGGUGUUCCCUACAAUUAUUACGCCGAGACUGGCGCUAACCGGGCUCACGGAGAGCCUUUGCAAGAAGGCACUCUGCGAAACGAUGAGACGUACGCGGCCCACGGCGCCGGUCCAUUCGGUUCUCGUCAUCGUCGCCAUCCAAACUACGACCCCUUCAUGAUUGGCGUUGGUGCAACCAGCUUGGCUCUCCUUGGAGCAUUUAUGAUUUAAUGAGUCAAUCAUCAAGCAUUGUACAACGAACGACCACCCCUCCUUUCAUGACCAAACCAAUUGCACAAUGCAUAUGAUAAUAUUGCUGCUACAUACGAUACUAGAUACAUGGGUUCACAUAUCUUUGAGGACGUUCAACAGCACCUCGACAGAACUUUUUAAUAA